GAGCGAGGCUGCAGAAGAAGGUAGACGUGUGCCGACUGCCGAGCCAACAUGAAGCUACUCGGGGCUGCUGCUGCCCUUCUGACGGUGGUGAUGGCGACGACUGUUAGAGGUGGUCCACCGCCAGCCCUCGAUGACCCAGCUGCCUUGAACAGGCAUCUUGAUGGUCGGUUCACUGGAAAGCAGGAAAUCCAUAAUUCUACAUCCUCACCUGCCGUUCAUUCUACAGCAAACAAGAAUGAAGAACAUGAAAACCCCCAAACAAAAAAUGGAGCACACCAAAAGGAAUCAGAGCCGAUCAGAGGCGGUAAAGAUAUCAAAGGCAAUGACUCGAAGAAAUGGGAUCCAACUGAUAAACCAAAGGGUAAAAACAUUCCAUCAGCCUUUGCGGAACUACUACCACCUCACAGAUACUUCAAACCACUGAAAAAUAACUUACCAGAGGUCAACAACAAAACACGAGUAAGGUUGGCUAGAAAUGCUGGUAUUGGAAGAUUUGCAGAAGACUCAUUUCAAGGAAGGAAAAGACAACAAAAUAGAAGCUGUUGCCCAUGGAAAGAUUGGGACUUCAACGAUAAAGAUGAUCAGGGAAAUAAAACAAUCUCUCUAGAAAUACAAUCAAAUAAGAAUGAUGUGCUAAAGAACCCUAAAACAAAACCAAAUCCAGCACGAGUACAGCCAACAUACAAGAGCAGCAUACUGAAUGGAAAGAGAGGCAUAACCAAGGAUGAGAUUCCUUAUAAUGAAAUGACUUCAUUGGAAACAGAACAUGUCCAGCAUAGUAGGACCUUGGAAAAGAGAGCAAAAAAGAUUGGUCGUGUAAAAAAUAGUUCAGUCACCUCUUUAGAAACACAGUCAAACAAUCGUCAGAUAUGGAACCGAAGAAAAGAUGAUACAGGAGGUGACCCUAAAGUUCCUAAGGAAACACAAACAAACAGUCGUCAGAAGUCAUGGAAGAAAUGGGACCAGAGCAGUGGUGAUACAGAACGUGACCAAGUUCCUCGUGAAACACAAACAAUCAGUCGUCAGAAGUCAUGGAAGAAAUGGGACCAGAGCAGUGGUGAUACAGAACGUGACCCUCAAGUUCCUCGUGAAACACAAACAAACAGUCGUCAGAAGUCAUGGAAGAAAUGGGACCAGAGCAGUGGUGAUACAGAACGUGACCCUCAAGUUCCUCGUGAAACACAAACAAACAGUCGUCAGAAGUCAUGGAAGAAAUGGGACAAGAGCAGUGGUGAUACACAGGACGAUGAAACUACAACCUUCAACACACAGCCAAACAGAAACAAUCGUCCCGAGGCAUGGGAUAAAUGGCUCUAAGGAAUAAUAAUGCACUUAUCCCAAAGUACAGUAGUCCAACAGACUGCAGCAGUCCAGACAAAGAUGAGACAUAAUUAUUGCAAGUGGUAAAAACAAGAAAAUGAUGAAAAGGUGAUUCACUAUAUGAUGUUGCCAGACUUUUGAAAAAAUAAAAUCAUAAUUAGACUUUAAACAAACUAAAGCAACAUUAUCUUUUAAAACAUGUGGAGUAACACCAAUAAUUUUUUGACAGAAGUCUGCCAUAACACUUGAAAUUACAUCACCUUUAGUUCAAAAUAAGGCAAACUGCUCUGUACAGUUGGCAAAAAAAUUCUUGAACACUCUAGCAUCAUACAAUAUGACAAAACGAAUGAUAAAUCUCAUAAAGUUUUAUUGCAUAUUUUGUAUAAAAAAUUCAAAGUAUCAAUAAACUUACAUGUUUAUCCUAUGUUCUUUUCUGUUUAUACUAUAAAGACGAGCAACAUGUAUUAUUACAAAAUAUCAAGUCACUUCACAACCAGGCAAACCAACCACUCUGAGGUCACACCAGUCACAGUGCUGUCUGAAAUGUAUCAUGGCCAGCUGUUUCAGAAAUUUUUUGCCAACUGUACAAUACAGGAGGUCCCCAACUUACGAAUGCCCGCCAAUACGAACGGGGUUAAACUUGAAAUUUACAUUACAGAGUAUUUUAUUUACUCGACUUAUUUUUUACUUUCAUGUACCGUAUUUUGUCAUUCUAUUUCUUCUUUUGUUUUAAAUCAAGUGAUUUUAGAUGUGGCAAUUGAACAUCACAAUUGUACUGUAUUUGAACACAGUACUGUACUGUGAGCUUUUGACACAUGCAUUUGGAUGUCAUAUAUCUUUAUAGUAACUUUCUCAGCAAUAUUACUAAUAAGAAUCUCAGUUUUGUUAUCCCAUCACAAAGUACAAGUAUAUUAGUGUAGCAGAAACUAUUAAAAGCAAGAUAUUUUUGGCAAUAUUACAUAAAUUUUGUGUCAGAAACUCAAGGUAUCAAUAAUUAAUUUAUAAGUUUAUGUUCUUUAGAAUACCCUGUAUUAAUUAUGAAAUACAUCAAUCCCUUACUAGGGAACGGUUACAUCAUAUGUAUUUCUUGUUUUUAUAUUCUAGUUCUGAUCAAGCUUUAAAAUGAUUACUGUACUUGAUUUUGUCCAUUGAUCAACAAAAAUAUAGAUACAGAAUGACUAUCCACAGACAAACAGGUAGUUAUACUCACCUAUACAUAUUGAAGACUACUUGCUGGUAUAAUAGUUUACUAAAACUUAUAUAAUUCAACAUCAAAUGACCCCCUUUACCCAAAAGGGGUUUGGUUCCAAUACAAAAAGCAAUAGUAUUUAAUUUUCAAUACAAUAUUCUGAUUGUAGUCACAAAUGUAAAUAAAAGAGAAUUUAAGCGGUUUAAGGAAGGUAUGAGUAUAUUUUGGAAACCACUGUACUGUACAGUAAGUGGGUAAGACAUUUACAGUAUAUCAGUGGACCCAAAAAUCAGUGCCAAGCCAAGUAUAUACAGUAACCCUAAAUUGCUCCACAAAAAAAAAAUGGCUUAUAUGGGUGGACACAUUUCCCAAACCCAAUUAAAAUUUCAGUUCAGGGUUUGUUAAGACACUUGAUUAAUUGGGGCCACAGUUACUAUAUAAUUGUCUUCUUCAUACUGCAAAUAACAAGCUUCCUUAGCAGUAUAUUACACCACCUUAGAAAUCCUGAGGUGAACCCUUAACCCUUUGUAGAGCAGGGGUGUCUGUAAGCUGAGUAAAACUGCCUGGUAUUUACUACAGUAUAAUAAAAUACCAUACCUAAAUGUGCUGACCUACAAAAGGCUGAUGUUGUAUCCAAUAAAAAUAGGAAAACCAUAAUUUAUUUCUCCUUGCUUCAGCUCUCUCCUUUUGCUUUCUACACUUGUACAAUUCUUCCUAUGUUUUCCUCCUGUUUGAGGCUUGAUAAACUUAAAUAAAGUAGGAGAUGAGUACUGUACAGAUAAUACAGGCAUAGUAAAGUACAUGGAAAUUUUGAAAAAAUAGAACUAUGGCAAAGUGUUUUUUU